CCUUCGUACGUUUUAGUUGCAAGUUUUUACAUCAUCAGUAAAAUAUAAUAAAAUGCCUAAAUAUCAACAAUAAAAAAUGCUUAUCAAAUAUUACGCAUACGCCCCGUUCUGCUUGUUGCUUCUGCAUUGGGCCGCAGCCAGGGAGAAGUUUAAUGUGGGCAUCAUCUUUACAUCGGACAAGGAUGAGGCGGAAAUUGCAUUUCGCACGGCUGUGGAACGUGCAAAUAUCAUGGAACGCAACAUAGAACUGGUGCCAGUUGUGCUCUAUGCCAAUACUGAGGACAGUUUCAUAAUGGAGAAAACGGUUUGUGAACUGAUUUCGCAGGGCUGCAUUGCUAUUUUUGGACCCAGCACGGGCAGCAGCUCAGACAUAGUUGCCUCCAUUUGCCACACGCUGGACAUACCGCAUAUCGUUUACGACUGGCUGCCCGAGAAUCGACAGUAUGAACAUUCUUCGAUGACCCUCAAUCUGCAUCCGGAUAAUUUACUGCUGGCGCGUGGAUUUGCCGAAAUCGUGCAGAGCUUUGGCUGGCGCAGCUUUACGAUUGUCUAUGAAUCGGAGAGAGAGCUGCAGCAGCUGCAGGAUGUACUGCAAAUCGGUGAUCCCAGCAGCAAUCCCACAACAGUCAGACAACUGGGUCCAGACGAGGAUCAUAGACCUUUCUUAAAGGAAAUUAAACUGUCCACGGAUAAUUGUCUCGUACUGCACUGUUCGCCGGAGAAUCUUUUACGAGUGUUAGAACAAGCUCAUGAGCUGAAAAUGCUAGGUGAAUAUCAGAGUGUUUUUAUACCCCUCUUGGAUACACACACCUUGGAGCUGGGUGACAUUAUGAACGUGGAGGCGAAUAUAACAACAGUUCGCUUGAUGGAUCCCACCGACUAUCAUAUUAAGAACAUUGUGCACGACUGGGAGGAGCAUGAGAAGCGCGCGGAAAGCUACUACAAAGUGCUGCCGACGCAGGUGAAGACGCAAAUGAUACUGCUGAACGAUGCUGUGUGGCUCUUCUCCAAGGGACUGACUGAGCUGGGAAUCUUGGAAGAGCUCUCGGCGCCGGAAAUCGAAUGUAAACGCAAAAAGCCCUGGCCACAUGGCAGACGCAUCAUUGAGUUCAUGAAGGCGCGCUCUGAGGAGGUUGGCACGGGUCGCGUGGACUUCAAUGAGUAUGGACAGCGCAGUUACUUCAGCCUGCGCUUCAUGGAGAUCGAUGCCGGGGGCUUCCUGGAUCUGGCCACCUGGGAUCCGGUCAAUGGUCUGAAUGUGCGCAACGAUGACGAGGAGAGCGAGAAGCGCGUGGGCCAAAAGCUGUCGAACAAAACGUUCAUCAUCUCCUCACGCAUUGGAGCGCCCUUCCUGACGCUGCGCGAGCCCAAAGAAGGCGAAAUACUGCAGGGCAAUUCGCGUUACGAGGGCUAUUCCCUCGAUCUGAUCGAUAACAUCGCUCGCAUGCUGAACUUUAAGUAUGAAUUCCGCAUGUCACCAGACGGCAAAUACGGUAGCUUGAACAAAGUCACGCAGACAUGGGAUGGGAUCGUAAGGCAGCUGCUCGAUGGGAACGCGGAUCUGGGCAUUUGCGAUCUGACCAUGACCUCGGGCAGGCGUCAAGCCGUGGACUUUACGCCGCCUUUCAUGAAUCUGGGCAUUAGUAUUUUAUUCUCAAAGCCACCAAUACCACCGACGGAUCUGUUUUCAUUUCUAUCGCCCUUCUCGCUGGACGUUUGGAUCUAUAUGGGCUCUGCGUAUCUGUUUAUAUCGUUUUUGCUCUUUGCCUUGGCUCGCAUGGCGCCCGAUGACUGGGAAAAUCCGCAUCCUUGCAAGGAGCCCGAGGAGGUGGAGAAUAUAUGGUUUCUGAGCAAUACAAUGUGGCUAUCCAUUGGCUCUCUUAUGGGCCAAGGUUGCGAUAUAUUACCCAAAGCCGCCUCAACACGUCUAGUGACUGGCAUGUGGUGGUUCUUUGCUCUGAUGAUGUUGAACUCCUACACGGCCAACUUAGCUGCGUUUCUGACCAACUCGCGCCAAGCCAGCUCCAUUAAUAAUGCCGAAGAUCUUGCGGGCCAGACGAAAAUUAAAUAUGGCGCUCUAUUGGGCGGCUCUACAAUGGGCUUCUUCAGGGACUCCAACUUCAGUGUCUAUCAGAAAAUGUGGACAGCCAUGGAAAGUGCACAGCCGUCAGUUUUCACCAAAACAAACGACGAAGGCGUGGAGCGAGUGCAAAAAGGAAAAAAUAUGUAUGCUUUUUUAAUGGAGUCUACUACACUGGAGUACAACGUGGAGCGUAAGUGCGAUCUAAUGCAAAUUGGCGGCUGGUUGGACUACAAGAGUUAUGGCAUCGCAAUGCCCUUCAAUUCACCGUAUCGCAAACAGAUAAGCGGCGCCGUCUUGAAGCUGGGUGAGCUGGGUGUCCUCUCUGAGCUGAAGCGCAAGUGGUGGAAGGAGAUGUAUGGCGGAGGCAGCUGCGAGGGCGCCGAGGAAGGGAACGCAGAUACUCCGGAGCUGGGACUGGAGAAUGUCGGUGGCGUAUUUCUGGUCUUGGGACUGGGUCUAAUGUCCGCCAUGGUGCUGGGCUGCACGGAGUUUUUCUGGAACGUAAAAACAGUGGCGAUCGAGGAAAAGAUCUCGCUGAAGGACGCUCUCAAGGCGGAGGUGAUGUUUGCUUUGUGCAUUUGGAUUACCACAAAGCCGGUGCACGCAAGCGUCGGAUCGAGCAGCUCAUCCUCUUCGUCUUCCAGCUCGUCAUCCAAAUCAAAAGCCUCUAAGUCGCAUUCAACGCGCUCCAAGCAUUCAUCCAAAUCUCUCGGAGUAUCCAGUAAAGACCACGAUGCGGAGUCCUCUGUGCACAGCAAGCUUAAGAAGAUUGGAUCCAUGUUUUCGCUUAAAUCGCAAAAGGCAACUCCCCCACCGCCUGAAAUUGGUUGGAAAUUAGAUAAAUCUACACAAAUGAGUAUUGAAUCAACGCCACAUGAGGAGGCGCCGGUGGUGGAAGAGGAACGUCCUGCUGAGCGACGUCAUCAUCAUCAUCACCAUCAUCAUCAUCAUCACCACCAACACCAGCCACAGGAUCAGUCUAUGGAUCAGCGAGCUAGCCAAUUGAGCAAUGGAAUUUAAAUCGAUUUUUACAAAAUGUUAUUUUAUUCAAAGAGCUUUUAAGCCAUUAAUCCUUAUAUCCGUGGAGUUUUCCAAUAUCACUAACUAUAAAACACACACAAUCAAAGCCCAUUUCAAUUUAGUAUAUGCUUAUUCUCUCAUUCCCAUGGAAGAAUUAAGCCUAGUGCAAUUGAAUACCGCUCUGCCUGUCUCACUCACACUUCAUAACAAUUGCGCUCUUAAAUCUAUAUACAUAUGUGUGAGUAUGUGUGAAUAAACAGCAAUGGAAGCUAAUUUGAAGAAAAA